AUGAUGGAGUGGAGUCAGUCAUCACAAGAACAACACGAUCCUUUCACCUGGUUCAAAGAGUCGCAGCUCCAGUCAGUGUUCAGGAAUGGUGCAGUCCCCGAUUGGUUUCAUGGGAUCAUUUCCAGGAAGACGGCAGAGGAACUGCUCAUGUCCAAGCCUCCUGGCUACUUCCUCAUCAGAGUCAGCGAGAGCAGAAUUGGAUACACGCUCUCAUAUCAAGCAGACAAACGCUGCAGACAUUUCAUGAUUGACCCCCUCAUGGCUGGUCAGUACAUGAUAGUGGGAGAGAACAGGCGGCACCGCAGUCUGCAGGACCUGGUGGAGUUUCAUCGCAGGAAUCCCAUCAUGCCCUUCAAUCAGGUCCUGACUGUACCUUGUGGACAGGCCUCAAACAGCUAUGCAGACUAUGCACAGAUACAGUUUCCCAACAAACAUCUGGCCUCCAACAGCGAUUCACCCACAAAGGAGCCUCCACAACCCAGUCUGAGUCAGCCAGAACCAGAACCAGAACCAGAGGACGAGAUCCCUCCGGCCCUUCCUUUUCGACCGAAUGACCUGAGAGACUCUACAGUCCUGCUUCCAAACAGCCGUCUCAGCAGGCUUUAUCCAUCGCUGGAACUUGAAUUCCCUCACGUCGCCUCUCUACCUCCAAUCUCGCCUGUUGCAAAGUCCAGGAAGAGAUUAGAAGUCAAUGACCUUCCAUCACAUCAGCCUCCUGAACUCCCUACUCGGAGCAGGGCUCCUCCGAAGCAAAACCAGGCCUGCAACAAACCCAUCUGUACACCCAAGAGUUUGUUUGUCCCGAUGGCCCCCGAGCGAAACAUCAGCACCAAUGCCCCACCUGGGAAGCACCACGAGUGGAAGCCAACAGUCGUCUCCAACCUAAUGAGCCUCAAGAAGAAAUUCCAAAAGAAGACAAACCAGCCACAGGAUGUGACUAACUCAGAAAAUGUGUACUCAGAGAUUUCUGAUGGCCCAGAUGAGCGAUGUGACGUUGCUGACAAUGAAUACCAGGAGAUCACCGGGCUACAAAACCUCGGCAGCCCGCCUCGUGACAGAACAGUUAUAGAACAGAAUCAUCCAGUGUUGCCUCAAGAGUAUCACCCGCCUCCACCUUUUGCCCCAGGCUACUGAUAAACAGAGCGGUCCAGACCCAACUGCCCCUUUACUGACUGCAACGAAUAAUGCAUGGCCAAUAAACAAUAAGCAGUGUCCAGCAGAUCAAAGAAUCUUGACUACAUAUUGGUAAAGGAUGGAAAAGUCACGGCUAAAACGUGGCAUUGUCUUUUUUUUAAGCAGCAUAAUAUUAAAAGAGUCAUAUCAUGCGUUUAAAUCCUCCUUUUUCACAUUUAAAUCAUUCAGUUGGGGUCUACAUAAAGUGGAACUGUAAUGCUUUGGUCUG